AUGUUUACAGUGACCAUGUAUCACGGGGGCAGAUUUAGUGACAAGGAGAUUGAGAUAUAUCUAGAGCAUUUAGACUGUGACGUUGAAGACUUCCUUAAAUGUAAAGAAUCUCAAUCCAAUUUUACAGUUGAGACAAGCAAAGCUGGAGUUGACACUAGGGUUGAAAGUGGCUGUGAGACUGGCGUUGAGACUAGAAAUGUGACUGGAAAUGAGGAGGCAUUAGUAAGGGAUAUGAGAAGAAUUGGGAAAGGAAAGGCAAUUGUAACAGAACCAUCUAAUUGGUCUGAUUCAUCUGAUGGUUAUCCUUCUAGCGACUCUGGAUUGGUAGAUACUGGGUAUGUAAUGCAUGAGAAUGAUGAUAUUGAUCUAAAUAUCUUAGUUGGAGAUGAUUGGCAGGAUGGUAUUUCAUUUACAAAUACACGAGGCCAAGUUACAUGUGAAUUUGCAAGUGAAGCCAGAACUGAAGCUACAAAUGGGCCUGAACAAGGUGAGCCUGAUCAAGGUGCAAAUGAUCAUCUUGAAGGUGGACCUGGGCCUGAGGAAGAUGGAAAUAGAACUAAGAAUGAUGUCAUUAGGUCUGAACAAGGAAGAACUGGACAUGAGGGGUUUUUUUUUGCAAUGAUUUUAAGCCACUGGAAGAUAUAG